ACAUGGCCUCUUCACAACUUGACAAUAUUUUUGAGACCUUUCUUGAAAAUCUAGACCUAGUGGUCAGCAAACUAAAAGAGGAAGACUCUCCACGACCAACAUCAUCAGAUUUCAGUCUGGAAGAGUUUUGGAAGAAACUUGGUGCUGUAUUUGAGUCGGUUUCGGCAGAAGCAACCAAACUCGCACUGUGGUUCAGUAAACCACCACUGCCUAAACCGACAGAAUGUCAGUCACUCAUUGCCAGUGUGGAGAUGUCCGCUAUCGCUCUGGUGUCCGUAUUUUAUGGUCUGCCAAAAGAAAAAGGGUUAACACUUCGUAAAGGCACAAGGCAAACUGUCAUUGGAGCCAUAGAAGGAAUACGAAGUCUGGCACAUCAAAUAAAACAAGACCACUACCAAAGUAGUGACAGUCAGUUGCGCUCAACAGGGAAUGUAUGGGAGCGUUGUGAUGUAUUCAAGACCCUGCCAAGGAACAACCAAGAUGCAGUCUUAGUUGGGAUGAGAGCAACAGGAGGAUUGGUGAAGGAUGCAUUAGAGGAAAUAGAAGAGCUUCAGGCAAUGGACGGUGAAUCACAAGGUGGUUGGGAAGACUUAGACAGGAUCAGUGGUGAACCCUCUUCGGACUCGCAGGAAUCUUGGAACCCCCAGGACAAAGCACUACUCCCUCCUUGCACAGGCCUAGUCAAGGCCUCCAGAUCAUGCAUCAAGAAGGUAUCCAGCACAUUAAAAGCCAAUGGCCAGUGGGAGGAAGCUGAAUCCAUUGCACAGCUGGAUGACCUGGGGGAGAUCAGUCAGCGGAUCAGCCCUGCCGUUGACGAGAUGGUCAUGUGUCUUUAUCCACCAAUCAGACAUGCCGAUGUCAGACAGAAUGCAAACAAGCUAGCCGAGGUUUUAUUACAACUCCUAAGCCGAGCCAAGACAUCCCACAUCACCAAAGAUGAGGAUAGCACAUGGCUUACGUUCCUCAGUAAGGCCGUCGACCACAACCUAGAGAAGAUCACCCAGCUGACGGCUGGACCAACGCCUGAUGAGGUCACAUAAUCAUUAUAUUUUACUCAUUUCAGUGUAAAUCUAUUUGUGAAUAUUUUAUAUAAAAGAUGGGAGAAAAAGUGAUGAGUUGACAUGUCCAUCAGUGCUUGAGUUUAGGGGGGGGGAAAAAACACAGUACUUGUACAUGAAACUCAAAAUAAACACAGUACAUAUACGUGAAACUCAAAUAGUUACUCGACCAGAAAUAAUAUGUGAACAAGACCAGACCCAAGAUGAGUAAAAAACUCAAUGAAUCCUAAAAAAAAUGCAUUUUUUAUAUGCUCUAAAGACAGAUGUAAGAAAAUAUUUAUCUCAUCUGUUUUUGUGGGUGUUACACUGUGAGGUUUAUGUUAUUCAAUUUAAUAAAAAAAAACACAGGAACACCAGACUUGUCCAAUCCUAAGUGUACCGGCCCCGACACUAAAACCACUAACCUUGGGCCUAUGGUCCAGUGUAAAAUUCGGGCCCAGAUCCAUCCCAAGAAAAUCUGUGUGCACAUCAAUUAAAGGAAUAUUACAGAAUUGGUAAGAAACAAAAAUUGUGGAGUUCACAGAUUGACAUAAAACUUACACGGU